UCAGUUACUGACAAGAGAGAGAGAGAAAGAGAGAGAGAGAGAGUUUUUACCUUAAUCCAACAUUUCUUCUCUGUUCCAAUAUUUCCUCCUACUACUACUACUACUACUAUUAUUCCUGCUGGUGCUGCAUCUAGCCCUCAUUGUGUCCUCAGAGUGCAUGAUGGCCCACCCUCCCCAGCUGUGUGAUCUCAAGGCAAAGGUUAGCAAGGAGGAGCAAGGCGCUGGUCCUGUCUGUGUUCUGGACAUGACGGUGACAAAGGACUCAGAGAAGCAUGAGGUAGAGGAGUACCAACUGAGGCUGAGUCCUGAUGUCCUCACCACUACCAUUGAUUCACUGCUAAAAGUGCGGUCACAGCUCGAUGCCAUUGCACAGAAGACCAAGGCAUGAACUGAUACAUAAAGGAACACUUUUUUUUUUUAGGAAGAAAUAUAUUUUACUUUCUUAAUUUUGGUAAUGUUUGAUUUCAAGAUUUAUUUGACAUUAUGCAAGUUAGUCAAUUCCAAGAAAUUCCUUUGUGAUCUUGUGUGUUCAUAUACUGAUUAUCUACCUUUCAUUUAUUGAAUAGUUGUAUAAUAUGAGUGGAAAACAGAUUAAGUAAGAAUUUCAACUCUGUGAUGGUUCUUUGUGGAAAAGUUAGCAUUGAAUCUCCUGGAAAUGAAUGUGAAAGCAGUAGAGAAAAAAUAAAAGAUAAAAGUUGCAACAAGAAGCUAACAACCCACGAGUGAGGGCAACAGCAACAUGGAGUCCUCUGAGGCCAAGGAUGGCUUCUCCUUUCGGCCACACCGGCAGAAGAGGGAGACACCAAUUUCACCACCCAGACAACAGCAACAUCACCAUCACUACAACAAGAGAAGAACACCUAAUCUGCGGCACAACAUGGGGAGUGAAGUCAAAAAGUACCCUCUCCUUGAAUAUACAGAUGUUGUGCAGGUCCAGAUGGAAGCUCAAGAUCACUUUAAAAAGAGCUUCACUUUCUCUCCUCCCUCACCAGGAUGGAAACUUCCCUCACCACACACUAUGUACACUGCUCCCAUUUGGCAGAAAGAGGAGUUGCAGGAAAUGAAAGCAUCUCUCAACGCUGUGAAGCAGCAACUUGGCACCAAGGAUGUGGCUGUGUGGCAUGCACACACCACCAACACCAACCCCAGCCAACGAGUGUGUCAUGCCAUUAAGAGACAUGCAUACCCAGAGAUGCUUACACAGGCUUGGCUCAAGUUUUAUGAGAUAGUGAAUGGCUACCCUCUAGUUCCUGCUGAAGAGGAAGGGGAUGUGAGAGAGAUAUCCCUUAGUCCCACCAUGGUGGAGGAGAGCAGGGCAACCUUCUCUUCAGUGCAUUUGUGUGAGGCUCCAGGAGCAUUCAUCUCAGCUCUGAACCACUACCUGACACUCAAUCAUCCUAACCUUAAGUGGCAGUGGUUGGGCAACACACUCAACCCUUAUUAUGAGGACAUCCCAUUGUCUCGGUGUGUGGUAGAUGACCGGCUCAUCAUCCACACACUUGAGAACUGGUGCUUUGGGACUGACAAUACUGGUGACCUCACCAAGCAGAACAACCUGUGUGACCUGAUGAGGCGAGCAGACCAUCUGGGAUCUGUGAAACUGGUCACUGCUGAUGGGAGUUUUGACUGCCAGGCUGAUCCGGCAGAGCAAGAGAAAAUGACUCACCCCUUGCAUCUGUGUGAGGCAGCUGCAGCCUUGUCCAUCCUAGCACCAGGUGGUUCAUUAGUGCUGAAAAAAUUCACACUAUUUGAGAGUGAGACUGUGUGCCUUAUGUAUCUCUUGUGCUGUGUGUUUAAGGACGUUCAUGUAUACAAGCCAGCCACCAGCAAGCAAGGUAAUUCAGAGGUGUAUAUUAUUGCCCUUAACUACUGUGGGAAGGACCACUUUAGGGAACACCUAGAAAAAGUUGUGGAGGCUGCUUGGUGUGGCAACCAGGUGCUGCAGACAAUGUUUCAGGAGGAGAUGAUACCUGAAGAUUUCAUGGAGCAGGUGAAGGAGUGCUCAUCCAAGUUUAUGGCCUACCAAACACAAUCUAUAAAACGUAACUUGUUGCUCUUUGAAGACAUGUCGGAGAGACAGAAACAGCUGAAUGAGCUGCUUAAGGCAAAGGCUACAACACUUUACUUUGAAAGGAACUAUUGUGCACCAAUACCCAAAUGGCAGACUCUCACCCAUGGACUUGCCAAUCAAUCAAGACAGUUGCUAGAGAGUGACUGGAAUAAAGUAUCAAGUUCCUUGCUGAUGAGAAGCCACAGCCUCUCAUCCAAAGUUGAGGUCCUUACCAACUUCCUCAUUAGGUUUACUGAGGACUUUGUUGAUAGUAGUAGGGCAACAGACAAGGAAAAAGAAUACUGUAUGUCUUCCUUCAUUCCACAAGAUAUGCCAGAACUUAAGUUUGAAGUAGUUAGUGGAAAGCCUCUGCAGUGCAUUGAGUCUUCUAAGUUUUGCUCUGAGCGAAUACUGAGGUUGACCCGGGAACUGCAAGUCUUGUGGGAGAUGAAGACUACCACCAGCAAGGUACUGGAGCUGGAUGAAUCUCUUGCUGCCUGUGUGUUGACUCACCACCCAGGGGCCACGCUAGUGAGAGGUGAGGGAGCCCUUAGGCUUCAUCCAGGUUGCCAGGCGCUGGAGCAGGUGGCAGGGCUGCUGGAAGGAGAACUGCUUGCUGGGGCAUCUGUGGUGGUGGUGAGUGCUCCACUGCUCUCCCGCUUGCAGUAUGGCAUUCUCCUUGCCCUUGCCUCUGCUUUCAGGGAAGUGCUUGUGUACAGGAGCUGCAAAGUUGGCAGCAAGUUGCCCAUUGUGGUACUGGAAGGCUUAAGGUCCAGGGAAGCAGCAGUGGCAGUGGUGGAAGGGCUGCAGAGAAUGGGAUGGGACAGAAUGGGUGGAGGUGUUCAUGGGAAGGGCUUCCUGCAGGUGGUGGCACUUCAGAGCUUGCUGCAGGAUCAACCUUUAAUGAGCAUUUACCAUUACAAUGUACAUUUGUGUGCUCACCUUGCUCAGAUGUUACUCUUGGGCAUCAAAUCACCAGCAGAAAACUAGUGAAAAGUGUAAAUUAGGAACAGCAUAAGGUUGUAAGAUAUUUUAAAUGUAAUUUUGUAAAAAUAUUCAAAGAUAUAUAUUAAGGAUUUUUGAUGCUUUGUGAAUAAUUUAUAACUAUUGAUGUAUUACAAUAAAGAAUUUUCAUGAGU